GCAUUGCAACUCCAGCACUAGACAGAUCAGACAGAUAAGCGCCGUUGACUGUAAUUCAUACAUCGCGCCCCGUUACCAGUCAAAUGAGUUUACUGAGCUUUGCCUGCAGCAGUGAAAGUUUUACAGCACAGCGUUGCGUUUCUCCCCUCGGCGCGGGAGGGAAGUAAGGGUCCGCUCUGAGAGCGGCGGUGGCAUAUUGUUAGCACUCUGAUGUCAUGUGUUCUGGAUGCUCGGAGAGGGAGUGGAGGAGUCAAUGUGCGGUACAAUCCGCCGUGGGUUCUACAUCUGCAAGUUAGGUACUGGACCCUGAGCAGUGACUUUCUGUUAGUAAUCUGCAAACUCCGGCUUCCACAGUAGGAGUCCUUAAAGAGACCGACGAAGGGAGAAGUCCAGUUUUAUCCCCGAUCAUCGCUGAGAAGAACAUCAUUCUGGUAUAUCGAGAGCUGAGAGGCAUUCUGACAACGCGCGGAGCAGUGGAAUCGAGCAGGUUCUGAAACAAUGGAGACACCCGUGGAGAUCUUUAAAGAUGAUGCUAAGUGUUUCUCGCAUUUCUCAGAGGAGUGUAUUACGAACACCACCUGGCUUUCCAGUGACUUUGACCCGGACAAUAUCACACACGAAAACAGCCACUGGACAAAUCACACCAUGUCGCCUAUUAUUCCUAUAAUAACUGCCGUUUACUCGGUGGUCUUCGUGGUUGGCUUAGUAGGGAACUGCUUGGUUAUGUAUGUAAUUAUCAGGUACACAAAGAUGAAGACUGCUACCAAUAUCUACAUAUUUAAUUUAGCGGUUGCAGAUGCUCUGGUUACUACCACAAUGCCCUUUCAGAGUACAGACUAUUUGUUAAGUUCAUGGCCUUUUGGGGAAGUGGUGUGCAAAAUAUUUAUUUCAAUUGAUUACUAUAACAUGUUCACUAGUAUUUUUACUUUGACCAUGAUGAGUGUGGAUCGCUAUAUUGCUGUGUGCCACCCAGUAAAGGCCCUUGAUUUUCGCACUCCACUUAAAGCAAAGGUAAUCAAUGUUUGCAUAUGGAUAUUGUCAUCGGCAGCUGGAAUACCUGCUCUCUUACUUGGAAGCACUCAAACUAAAGAUGGUACUACUGAAUGUGCUUUACAGUUCCCUGAACCCUACAUGUACUGGGACACCCUGAUGAAAAUUUGUGUUUUUAUUUUUGCAUUUGUUGUGCCUGUUCUGAUCAUCACUGUGUGUUACACCCUGAUGAUUUUGAGACUGAAGAGUGUGCGGCUCCUUUCUGGAUCAAGAGAAAAGGACAGAAACUUGCGCCGCAUCACAAGACUGGUGUUGGUAGUGGUUGCUGUUUUCAUUGUUUGCUGGACACCUAUACAUAUUUUUAUUUUAGUAAAGGCCUUAGCAAAUGUUCCAGAAACCACUUCCUUGAUGGCAGGCUACUUUUUUUGUGUGGCACUUGGCUAUACCAAUAGCAGCCUCAAUCCCAUUCUUUACGCAUUUCUGGAUGAAAACUUUAAAAGGUGUUUCAAAGACUUCUGCUUUCCUCCAAAACUGAAGAUAGAAAGGCAAGGUACCAGCAAGGUAAGAAGUACUGUUCAUCAUCCAGAGGAAAAUGUUGGUGGGACUAGCAAACCGGUAUGACUAGCAGUGGAAAUGUCCUCUUUCAGCCCACAUGGAAGAGAAGAUUCUCAUGAUCUUGGUCUUACCCAAAUAACUUCAGCAGUUUAAAUACAAAACGAUUGCUAGAACAUGGGUAGCACAUGCUCGUAAACUAAGGGAUUUUACUGAAUUCCUCAAGCUGCACUUUCUAAAUUUGAAACAUUGCAUAUUUAAGGAACCAGAAACACCAGAGCAUUAAUGGUAUUUAAAACAUGUUUAUAAUUACUUCUUAAUACUCUUAGAACUACAUUCUUAACUAGUUGAUAUUUUUGAAUGUAUCACUAUCUAGUCAUGAUUACUUUUGACUCCUGUAUGAAAUCCUUACAGAAAGUUCCUAAUUAUUGACUGAAUUCCACUUCAAUUCAUCCAUCCAAAUUUUUCCAUCCAGUUCUGUAGUAAAGAAGUUUG